AUGUUGAAGAAAACUUAUGCUGAUCCAGAGAAAAUAACCUCAUCUCUAAUUUGUCAAGUAGCAGGCCUGCCUAAGCCUUCUGCAGAUCUGGAUUCACUACGUGGCUUACAGGCUAAACUUGAACAAUAUGUUAGAGGCAUAGAAAACAACAAAUCUAAUUUGGAUCACUGUACCCGAGUACUUGGUCCUUUAGUUUUCCAAAAACUACCUGGAAAGAAAACCAAGCCUAACCAAAGUUCUAAUAGACCAGGUAAUCAGACCAAAACCCAAGUUAGUUCUUACACCCCCAAGAAACAUGAUGUCACGAAUCUGAGUAUUUCUGUCACUCCAGGUCAGCCUAAUAAGACAGCUAGAACUCAAAGUUGUGUAUUCUGUGAUAGACCAGAACAUAAAGCCUACCAGUGUGACAAUUACAAGACCACGCAAGAACGCAUUUCAAGACUUACUGCACAAAAUCGUUGUGUGAAAUGCACUUCACCUAACCAUAAGGCAACAGAUUGUCUUGUAAAAUUCCUCAAAUGUCUGUCACGUAAAACUGGACUACACCAUUCAGCAUUGUGCUCUGAUUCCUUAAUUGAAGUCUCUGCUGUGAACUAUUGUGGAGACAAUGACAGUGACAAAGACUUAUAUUCACAAACAAGUGGAAUUCUCCCUACCGCCUUAAUGAAAGUGGUGUGUCCACCCUCAGGCAUCACCAAGGAACUUAGAUCACUGUUUGAUUCUGGGGCGCAACGCACCUUCAUCACACAAGAGGCAGUGGAAGAGUGUAAACUUGAACGAGAUAAUCCUGUCCAACUGAGCAUCAGUGGGUUCUGGGAUACCAAAGAACCUAGAGAAUAUAGUAUGGUCACUGCCUGUCAGGGUAAACGAUGA